CAUAAUCGCUGUCCGUCCGUCGGAGGUUAAUACGCUCUCGGAAAUGGAGUAAUCUUUAUAUAUACAAGGCAGCCCCAUAGUCUAACCGUUGAUUUGUUCUUCGCGUUGUUCUUUCCAUGCCGUUGCCAUGCCUCUUUUCUAGUCUUUGCCCAUCCUGAGAAAACCCAGUCCGCAGUCACACCUCCAGACAUGGCGGAAGGGACGGAUAGGAGACUACGCGAACCGCCUGGUGGCGCAGGAAGCUCGGAAGCGGUGGCAGACGAUACAGACGACUUCGUUCUGUGCUCUGACGGAACGAGCUUGAGGCUCGGGGAAGAAGGCGUGGUGAUCCGAUCGCAUGUAAAAAAAGACAAGGAUAUCUACAGAUGCUGCUCUUUUAUACCUCUAGCCAUACCAAGGUCAAAGCCUGCUUUCAGCGACCGCACAAUCAAGUUCAGAGAUGUUCUCUGGGUGGAGUCAUCGACCAAUGCGAUCAACUUCACGUUCGUCGAGGAGGUCAACAAGCGCAAGAUACGCCCCGUCGUACAGAGUUUUCCGGUAUCUGAGAACGAGGCCAAGCACGCGCAAGCUUUUGCGCAACGCGUUCAGCUGCGUGCGUAUGGUCAAGCGCAGCAGAAAAAGCGUAUCAAGGUCAUCAUCAACCCCUUCGGCGGGAAAGGAAAGGCCUCGAAGAACUGGAAGAACGACAUUGAGCCAAUCUUCACAGCGGCUCGGUGUGAGGUUGAGGUGGUGAACACAACACACAGCGCACAUGCAGAACAGAUUGCGGAAGAGCUGGACAUUGACACUGUUGAUGUGGUGGCUUGUUGCUCUGGUGAUGGUGUGCCGUACGAAGUCUGGAAUGGACUUGGACGCAAGAAAAAUGCUCGAGCGGCAUUGGCAAAGGUUGCUGUGGUCCAGUUGCCGUGCGGUACCGGCAAUGCAUUGAGCGUCAACUGCAACGGCACGUCCAGUCCCAGUCGAGCGGCACUAUCCGUCGUUAAAGGUAUUCCCACGCGGAUCGAUCUUGCGAGUGUAACACAGGGAGAGAAGAGGACGCUGUCUUUCCUGUCCUUGGCCUUAGGAAUUGUAGCUGAGUGUGAUCUGGAUACUGAGCACAUGCGUUGGCUAGGCGAUGCCAGACUUACCGUCGGCUUCUUCCAGAGAUUGUUCCGUAAGAAGGUUUGGCCUUGCGAUAUCGCCGUCGGCGUCGAGAUCGCGGACAAGAACGACAUACAGCGAGAUUACAGACAGUCUUUCGAGCAUCCCUCGACGUACGCCCUGCCGGCUGCGGAAGUCAGAGAUCUGGAGGAAGACCCAUUCGCGGAGGAGGGCCUUCCGCCUCUGCGUUAUGGCACAGUCAAUUCGGAGCUUCCUUCGAAUUGGACCAUGACGCCUUUUCCCAACCUUGGAAACUUUUAUUCCGGAAACAUGCCGUACAUGGCUGCUGACGCCAAUUUUUUCACCUUUGCACGGAUCAACGAAGGCCUUCUGGACCUCGUGAACGUACGCGGUGACAUUCCCGUGCAUAGAAGUGUCGCUUUGUUGUUGGCUGUGGGAGAAGGCAAACUUUGGCAGCACCAAGACGUGACAUAUAGGAAAGUCAGCGGCUUCAGGGUGAUUCCUAAGCAGAAAGAAGGCGUCAUCAGUGUCGACGGCGAGAAGUAUCCAUUCAAACCGUUUCAAGUCGAGGUGCAUAAGGGUCUGGGAUGUACACUGACACCAGGAGGAAGGUAUGUUAGGCCCGACGAGAUGGUGUGAGUCGUGCUGGAAAGUCGAUAUAUUUGUUGUAUCCGACCGAUGCGUAUUCAGAUUGAGGUGUUCAAUUUAUUUCACGUCUCUGCUGAGAUUUGCGCCAAUAUGUAUAUAUAUUCCUUGAGUCUACUUGGUAAGGGUUUCAUAAGAAAAUACCUGAACAAGAUGUGUCAUCACGUCCUCGAUCUGAUUGAUCAUCUCGCUCUUCAAUCUUUUGAAAGCGUGGAUAAUGUGGGUGAAAUCCCACCCGUGUUGAUGCAGGUUCAAAAAUAAAAUUAAAAAAAAAAUCGGACAUCAAAUGAAAAAAUAAUUCUUAUUACAUUGCCC